UGACGUCACGACGUCAACAUGUAAGAUGGCGACGCAUCACAGGCAGAAUGCAGCGGGGCGCAGGAAAGUGCAGGUGUCAUACGUGAUCAGAGACGAGGUGGAGAAAUAUAAUCGUAAUGGAGUCAACGCACUUCAGCUGGAUCCGGCUCUGAACCGGCUCUUCACCGCCGGGAGAGACUCCAUCAUCAGGAUAUGGAGCGUUAACCAGCACAAGGAUCCGUACAUUGCAUCGAUGGAGCAUCACACAGACUGGGUCAAUGACAUCGUCCUCUGCUGCAACGGGAAAACACUGAUAUCAGCGUCGUCAGACACCACGGUGAAGGUCUGGAACGCACACAAGGGCUUCUGCAUGUCCACACUGCGAACGCACAAGGACUAUGUUAAAGCAUUGGCAUAUGCUAAAGACAAAGAGCUGGUGGCUUCUGCAGGACUGGACAGACAGAUCUUUCUCUGGGAUGUGAACACACUGACCGCACUGACCGCGUCCAAUAACACCGUUACUACGUCUUCUCUCAGUGGGAACAAGGACUCCAUCUACAGUCUGGCCAUGAAUCAGAUGGGGACGGUUAUAGUGUCAGGAUCCACUGAAAAGGUUCUGAGAGUGUGGGACCCGCGAACCUGUGCCAAACUGAUGAAACUGAAAGGACACACAGAUAACGUCAAAUCCCUGCUGCUCAACAGAGACGGGACUCAGUGUCUCUCAGGGAGCUCAGACGGGACGAUCCGGCUCUGGUCUCUGGGUCAGCAGAGGUGUAUCGCCACGUACCGCGUUCACGACGAGGGCGUCUGGGCGCUGCAGGUCAACGAGGCCUUCACGCACGUUUACUCCGGAGGCCGCGACCGGAAGAUAUACUGCACAGACCUGCGCAGUCCUGACAUCCGUGUGCUGAUCUGCGAGGAGAAGGCUCCUGUGCUGAAGAUGGAGCUGGACCGCUCGGCUGAUCCGCAUUCGGCCAUCUGGGUUUCCACCGCGAAGUCCACGGUUAAUAAGUGGUCUCUGAAGGGUAUCCAUAAUUUCCGAGCGUCUGGUGAUUAUGACAAUGACUGCAGCGCUCCGCUGACGCCGCUGUGCACGCAGACAGAGCAGCUGAUCAAAGGUGGCGCCAGUAUAAUUCAGUGCCACAUUCUGAACGACAAACGACACAUUCUGACCAAAGACACCAACAAUAACGUGGCGUACUGGGAUGUGCUGAAGGCCUGUAAAGUCGAAGACUUGGGCAAGAUGGAGUUUGACGAAGAGAACAAGAAAAGGUUCAAGAUGGUUUAUGUGCCGAACUGGUUUUCGGUGGAUCUGAAGACAGGGAUGUUGACGAUAACGCUGGACGAGAGCGACUGCUUUGCAGCCUGGGUUUCUGCUAAAGACGCUGGAUUCACCAGCCCUGACGGAUCCGACCCUAAACUGAAUCUGGGCGGGCUGCUGCUGCAGGCUCUGCUGGAGUACUGGCCUCGCACUCACACCAACCCCACGGACGAGGAGACCGAACUCAAUCAUGGGAGCGUGAACGGUGAGCACGAGAGCCGGAUACAGAAGGGAAACGGAUAUUUCCAGGUGCCGCCGCACACUCCGGUGAUUUUCGGUGAAGCGGGAGGAAGGACGUUAUUCAGGCUGCUGUGUCGAGACUCCGGUGGAGAAACUGAGUCCAUGUUACUCAACGAGACGGUCCCGCAGUGGGUCAUCGACAUCACAGUGGACUAUCUCACAGAAAAAAACAUGCCCAAAUUCAACAAAAUCCCGUUCUACCUCCAGCCCCAUUCGUCCUCUGGAGCAAAGACGUUAAAGAAGGAUCGUUUGUCGGCCAGUGAUAUGUUACAGGUGAGGAAGGUGAUGGAACACGUGUAUGAAAAGAUCAUCAACCUGGACAGCGAGUCGCAGACAGGCGGUUCGGCCGCAGAGAAACCCAGCGAACAGAAAGAGGAGGAGGACAUGGCAGUGCUAGCGGAGGAGAAGAUUGAGCUGCUCUGCCAAGACCAGGUUCUGGAUCCCAACAUGGACCUGCGAACGGUGAAGCACUUCAUCUGGAAGAGCGGCGGCGACCUGACGCUCCACUACCGGCAGAAAUCCACGUGAGGUCCCGCCCCGUCUGACGCUGCCGUGGAAACUCCAUUCGUAACACUUCACAUUCAAAGCACACGCUCACCUGCACUUCCUGGUUCUGUCUGACGUCUGUCUACGGGCCGCUCGGCUCACGCAUGAUUAUCCGAGUGUGAACGGGAAGGAGGAUCGGUGGAAGAAAUGCUGACGAAUGUCAAAAAGAGUGUUUUUAUGAUUUUUUUUCUGGGCAUGAAUUCUCUCUUGAUGGAUGUUUUUUACCGCCUCUUUCUCUUCUCAUUUAACAUUCCAGUGAUGUGUUUGUUAGCAAUGACGUCAUCAAAUCCAGUCAAAGCCGAGGAACUGGUUUUUAAACAAUCGUGAAUGUUUAAGGAGCGCCGCCGAUGAAACGCGUCGAUGAACUGAACAUCUGAGAAAGCUCCAAGAACGCCAUUUCCCAUGAUGCAUCUCUCUCUCUCUCUCUCACUAACGUGCUGUGAUCAUCAGUGCAUCCGUUUUGUACAUAUAUUGUAAUUAUUUUGUAGUCGACUUGAACUUGAGUUGGAGAUUAGGAAGGUUUACAUUUCUUUUUAAGAAAAUGUACGGUAUCUUUUUCAUGUAAAAUAUGAUGACGGAAGUGUAGAGAGUGGAAAAACUCAAAACGUUAUAAGCAGACAUAGAAUCAAAUGUUUUUUUUUUAAAGGAAUAGUU